UCGGCUUGCUCACUUUUUUGGGGCCUUUUUCUCAAACACCACUGCUACCUGCAUUUUUAAAAUUCAAGUAAUGAAUGUAUCUUCUCCCGAUAUCAGUUAAAACGAUACCUGAAGCUGAUAUUUUGAAUGUGAUGAUUCCCCGCCAAUUUCAAAUCCUCUGCCAACGGUCAAAAACAACCAACCAUCUACUCCAACUUCACUCUCUGAUCCUAAAAACAGCCCUUAAUUAUGACCAUUACUUCAUAUCUCAGUUCAUGUUAUCUGCAUGUUCAGUUUCAAUCGAAUUCGCAAGGUCAAUCUUCGACAGCUCACCAGUAACUCCACCGCUCUUUGUAUGGAGUACAAUAAUCAGAGAAUACUCAAAGAGCUCGAUGCCAAUUGAAUCAGUUAAAUUGUUCUCCAAACUUCAGAGGAUUGGGCAUAAACCUGACAAAUAUACAUACCCUUUUGUCAUUAAAGCUUGCGGUCGCUGUUCACUGGUUCAAGUAGGCGGGGCAGUGCAUUCACUGAUUUUAAAGACGGGUUUUGAUUGGGAUCGAUAUGUAGAUAAUACCCUUUUGAGGAUGUAUGGGGCAUUCCAUGCAAUUGAUUCUGCCAGGCAGGUGUUCGAUGAAAUGACUGACAGAGAUGUUGUUUCUUGGAGUUCAAUGAUUGCGGGAUACGUCGCUUGUAAUUGUCCGUUGGAUGCGUUGAUGGCAUUCCAAGAAAUGAAGCUAGAAAAUGAAAAGCCAAAUUCUGUCACUUUGGUUAGCUUACUUUCUGCUUGUACUCAUUUGCUCAAUAUCAGAAUUGGGAAGUCCAUUCAUUCAUAUGUUCUCGUUAACAACAUUGGAUUGGAUGUUGUUCUGGGAACAGCUCUUCUAGAAAUAUAUGCAAAGUGUGGGCACAUUGCGGAAGCAUUCUACAUUUUCAACUCUAUGAGGGAAAAAAAUUUGCAGUCCUGGACGGUUAUGAUUUCCGGCCUGGCAGAUCAUGGCCAUGUAGGUGAAGCCAUAUCCUUGUUUACCAAAAUGGAACAAACUGGCCUGAAACCUGACAGUGUAUCUUUUUCUGCUAUCUUGAGUGCUUGUAGCCACUUAGGUCUUGUUGAUGAAGGACAAAAGUAUUUUGAAAAGAUGUUCAGGAUAUACAAUAUCAUGCCAACAAUGGAGCAUUACGGAUGCAUGGUGGACAUGUUUGGACGAUCUGGGAUGAUUGAAGAAGCUUAUCAAAUUAUCAGGAACAUGCCAAUGAAACCUAACCCCGUUAUUUUAAGAAGCUUCAUGAGUGCAUGUAAUAAUCAUGGCGUCGUUCAUGAUUUAGAUGAAAAUAUGAGAAAACUUUUGCUGGAAAUAGAGCCUGACCUUGGAGCAAAUUAUGUACUUGUUGCCAAUGUGUCUUCCCUGUCUGGUUAUUGGAAUGAUGCCGAUGAACUGAGAGUUGCCAUGAAAGACAAAGGUUUGAAGAAAGUUCCUGGGUGCAGUUGGGUGGGUGGUUCCAAAAAGGAUAUGAUUAAAGAGGCUGUAAGAUAAUCUUUUAGUUUAGGUGACUAAAGAAUCACUCUUUCUUAAAGUUGUCCUGGGUUAUGCUAGAAAAAGAAACCAAUUUUUUUAAAAGCGACAGCUGGAUUUGGAUCAUUGGUGAUGGUACUAGGACAAGGAAUGGACCGGAAGAGGGAUGAAUGAAUAGGAAAUCAAAAGCUUGCACUGUGUUGUGGGUGGAAUGCUUGAACUUGCAGGGAGUUAAUCUUUUCUUAUGGAAGCCACUUGAAUGGGACUAUCUGAAAUUUUGCUAGAUAUUCAAGUUCAUCUUCCCCUCAGAAAAUGUACCAGCAUGUGAAGCAGCAUUUUCUUCAAUAUGCAGAACGUGAAUUUAAGCGACUUCAGUUUCUGGUGGCACAAUUUUCAAUAUCCAAACAGCAGCUAGUUUAUGUUUGUAAUGGUCACCAAAAAUCAGUUACAGGUACUUCUUUUUCUGAUCCACAUUCAAGUCUUAGACAGAGGCCUUUAAAUGACAAAAAAAUAUCAGUGAAACUCUACGCCUUGAAAAGUUUUUCUAACAUGAUCCUGGCUCAUCCAAAGGGUCGAAUCAUGUAAGUGAUGAAUUCAAUGUAACCUAUUACUCAAAGGUGCCUUUUGCACUCAGUUUCAUAUUUCAUAUUGUUUAUUCCAUUAUUUUGCCCAAUGGAAAGAAGACAAGUGGCGAGUU